AUGGCCAUGCUUCGCCUUUGCCUCGCGCUGAUUUUGCUGUCAGAAGCACGGCUUGCGAAGCGCGAUGUGCGAAGUGUGCAUGUGGCGAAAAUGAUUUUGAAGGAGUUACAUGCAGAGAACCAACGAGCAAAUGCUGACCUGGCCCGACGUUUGUCGAACAAUGACGUUCCCAAGCGGGGUUUCUCGCCAAAGCCCUUCCUAGAUCAGGUGGCCGCGAAAUACGGCUACACGCGAACGCAGCACCCGCAGAAGUACCGCCGGGGCAGCCCAGGGCGGCGCUUGCAAGACACCACUCUGACCGAGUCCAACACUGCACCGAUCCGUGUGCAUUUCCAUUUCGAUACCUUGUAUGAGGAGAAGGUCCAAGCGAACCCGCUGGUGAAGGAUAGAUACUGCUUUAGGGUUGGCGACUGGUAUCGAGUGAACUUUCCCACCGAUCCCAAGCCAUCAGGGCCUGGGCCUGAUGACUGCAACAGACAAGCUGUUGGGCUGAACAUUUUUCAUGAGAACAAAUGGUGUCUAUGCACGGCGGAGGAUGUGAUCACGGAGGAAUGGCGAAACUUUGUGAUUGAGGCAGCCAACAGCUAUGGCACGGAGGUUGCCAAAUAUCUUAGAGUGAAACCUGUUCAGGGAAAUUUGGUCUUCUCCAAGUCCGAAGGUUCAUAUCCAGCCAUGUGGACCACCACCAAUCAGCAGGGCGUCUUCUGCGAUGCGGAUUGCACCAAAGGUGCGCAUGUGGUGGUGCCUGAUUCCCUCUGUGAGACGGGUGCUGAAGCAGAUAUCGUGGUGAGUAUGACCGGCCCAUCCCCAAUUCCGGGCAUUGGGGGCACGGGAGGAUCUUGUUCGUCGGACCAGAACCGGAGACCCGUGCAUUUGGUGUUCAACUGGUAUGCUCGCUACGACUUCACUGCUCACCCGCGCGCUGCCCUGCUAGCAUCACAACGAGGCCUGGUGAUCCACGAGCUCUUCCAUGGCCUGGGCUUUGGCUCCGGUGGCUGGCUGGAUGCCUUUGAUGCCAACGGCAAGCGACGGACCAUCAUCCAGCAGCUGAAGGUGACGGAUGCCGAUGGUUCGGAGGAUGUGAUCUAUCACUUUGUGAAGGGCACACGUACGUACGAGGCUGCCAAGGAGUACUUUGGAUGUGAUGAUGAGGACCAGUGGCAAGGUCUUCCCUUAAUGAGUUGGCCCACCCACGGCCGCGAUUCUCACCACGAGACCCGCGUCAUGCGGGACGACGUCAUGUCCUACGGCGAUGGGGACGCGGUGUCGGCCAUUACCUUGGCAUCCUUUGAGGACAUGGGGCACUAUUUGGCCCGCUAUGGCAAUGCUGAUUGUGUUCACUGGGGCAGGGGCCGUGGUUGUCCCUUUGUGAAGAACCGGUGUCAAGAGAGGCCCAGCGUGCAGAUCAUUAAGGGCCUAGCUUCCAGCCAGUGUAGUCGAACCUGGACUGAGGCCAAGUCCUCAGAUGAGGCUUUGCAGAAGUGCACAGGCGGAUGUACAGGGAGCAGCCGGAUUGAAGAGGGCAAAGCCAUGUGUGAUGCCGAGUGUUUUACAGGCUUGAGGGCUGAUUUGGCGUACUGUAGUUUCAGAGCUCAGGGUCUGUUUUCCGGCCUUCCGUUCCUCACUCCCCGUGGAGCCCGUUGGUUGCGGAACACCAUCCCAACCUCGCGUCGUUUCUGGCCCUUUGGCCAUGUGGAGCCAGAGGUGAGCGAGAAGCUCAAGAGCCGUUUCAUGUCCUGUGCAGACGGCGACAAUGAAGAGAACGCCCGACUCAAGCGUGAAAAUCUUCGGAGUGUGUUGGAAUGCACAGAUAGUUUCUGCCUGUCCAAGCAUUGGCUGGCAGAGAGUACCCUGGAUCGGAUCUACGAGCAAUACGCGAAGAAGGAUGGAAUUGGUUUGAAGGAGUUUGGGCGCCUUGCUCAUGAUGGACUCCUGCUGGAAGGAAAGGUCGAGGAAUACGAGAAAGCUUUCAGCGGAGUAGACGUGGACGACCAGGGCGUGAUUACCAAGGACGUUUUGGGGAAGCUCUUUGAAGGACUGGGAAAGCCCAUGUCCAACGAGGAGCUAACGCGCAUCGUUGAUGAAGCCGAUGUGGAUCAUGAUGGCAUCGAUUUCGCCGAUUUCCUGGGCUUGGCGCGGGAACAUUUAGACCUCGCCGAGGUGGUGAAGUACCUCGAGACCCCGCCGCAGCCGCCCAGCGAACAUGAAGGUGACUCGGACAGCCUCAUGGGUCACAUCAACGAAGUGCAUAGCGAGGCAGAGUUAUACGCCAUGAUUGGGGACCAGGACGCGGUGGUAAAGCUGGCCUUUACCUGGUGUCAACCCUGCAAAGCCUUCCUGCCGCGCUACCAGAAGUUCGCCAAGAUCUAUCCCAAGACGCGAUUUCUCAAGAUUGUGGGCAAUGAAAAUGAAUCCUGCAAGCACUAUGCCAAAGAAGUUCUGCACGCCAAGAUCUCUCCAAUGUUUGCGGCCUACUGUGGAGGGAAGUUGGUGAAAACCUGGCACGGUGCCAACAACAAACGUUUCGUGACCAACAUGGAGGCGACCCUGCCUACGGCCAAGUCCUACGUCCAGGAACGGGAAGUAAAGGGUUGCCAAGUUCACACAGAUGCUGCAUCCGGCGCUGCCAGUGAGUUGGAGAAUCGUGGCUUUGCUUCCUGCACCACCGCACCACCUGGGGAAGUGACUUCUGCAGGUCCCGAAAAGUGGGCAGAUGACUUGCUGAGUUCCGCCGCCGAUUUGCAGGUGUGCCAGGAGGACUUCAUGGGGGAUCCGUGCAUUCAAGCCAUGUUGAACCUGUCAUGGGUUGUGCUGGUGCCAAUCAACAUCUGCUUCUGGGGCUUGUGCUGCAAAGGCAUUUUGUGCCCCUCUGGACAGCAGGAGAAGUCCAAGAGAAUCUUCUACCUGUUGACCACAGUGGUUUUGUUUUGCGGCAUCGUCUCAGCUGCUGCGGCCGGUGUGGUCUUGAAUUUCAAGGAGGUCAUCGAGGGCUACAUGAGUGUAGGUGCAGUAUAUGUGGUGCUGGCCGCAGGGACAUCCCUGGCACUGUUCGCUUGCAUGGGCAUCUAUGCAGUGAGGAAAGGCCACCGAUGCUUGAUGAUUACAUACUUGGUCAUCGGCUUGAUUCUGCUACUGAUCUUCGUCACGGCCGCUGCUUUGUUUGCCAAGUAUGCUCAAGAUGUCGACGGCCUGAGCCGGAGUUCGUUGGCGCAGGCCGGCGACUCUCAUGGUGUCUUUAAAGGUGGUGGUGUGCAAGAGGAAAUCUAUGCACAAAUGGAAUCCUUUGCAUGCAACACAUAUCAGACUUGCUGUGAGCCCACGGAGCUCUUUGACCUCAAGGAGCGGAACGGGGCGCCGCGGCAGUGCAAGGUGCAGAAGGAAGGGAUGCCCGAGGACACGGCCUUCAUCUUAUCCGACCCGUCUCACCCACAAUUCUGCUCUCAGAUAUCGGGCGUGCAGAGUUCCCAAAGCUCAUCACAGGGCGUGUGCAAACUCAUUGAGUUUGCAGCUGGUGGCGGCUUUACCCUCGAGCAGUGCCAACAGGAUUACUGCCAGGAAGGCCUCGAAGGCUAUGAGAAUUUCAUUGCCAUCUCUGUAUCCAUCUAUCGCCAGAACAUGCUCAUCGCAGGGAUCAUCGCUGCUUGUGUGGUCUUUUUCAUUGUAGUUCAACUGAUGAACCUCUUCUACAUCAUCAGGCAGUUUCGAAGCGACCAAGUCCUCCAGUCCUCCGACAAG